UGCAUUAAAACAAUUAUUAAUGAAUAUUAUCGGGAAUUCCAUGAAAUUUACGAAGAAAGGAUAUGUCUUAAUUUCAUUAGCAUCAUUAUCGUAUUCAUCAUUAAGUGAUCAAUAUAAGAAACAUGCAGGAGUACAAGAUACAACAACAACAACAACGGAUACAUCAUCAUCAUCAUCAUCAUCAUCAAAUAAAAUUCACGCGUUAAUAACAAUAACUGAUACAGGAUGUGGUAUAUCACCAUCAUUUUUAUCAACGAAUAUGUUUCAACCAUUUUCUCAAGAAAAUUCUUUACAAGUUGGUACAGGAUUAGGAUUAUCUAUAGUAAAAUUAUUAGUAGAAAAAAUGGGAGGUAAAUUAGAUGUUGAAAGUGAAGUAGGAGUUGGUACAAGAUUUAGAAUUUGGUUAGAUCUUGAUCAAGCAAAUGAAGAAAUUAAAAUGAAUUAUAAUAAAAAUGAUGAUUUAGGAGAUUUUAGUAAUACUUUUGAUUCUUUUAAUAAUGAAAAUGAUAAUUUAAUUAAAGAUUUUGAAGAAAAACAACGAAAAAUUAUUCUUGAAAAGGUCAAACAAAAAAGAAUUGUAGUUAAAUGUGUUGAUGGUAAAUUAAAAGAAGUUGUUGAAAGAUAUUUUAAAGGAUGGCUUAAAGUUAAAGAACUUAUUUGUGAAGAUAAAGAAAAUGUUACUGAUAGUACUUUAGAUGGUGAUAUUAUAUUUAUUAUUGAUGAUAUUGGUCAACUUAAAAAAAUCAUUUCUAAAGUUGAUACUAAACAAGCUCCUAUAGUAUUUACUACUACUUUAGCAAAACAUGGUAAAAUAGCUGAUUUUGUUGAAAAAUUACAGAAAGAAAUUGAAGAAACUCAACUUAUAAAAAGAAAAAGAAGAAAAGUUGUCAUCCUUACACGACCAUGUGGACCUCGUAAAUUAGAGAAAGCUAUUGUUUCUGUACUUUCAAGUCAACAAGAUGAUGAAAAAUUAUUAGAAGAGGAAAAUUCAUAUUUUCCAAAAUUGAUUAUGACACCACCAAUUUCAGAAGAUGAUAAUUCAAAAGAUUAUAUUAGUUAUAAUUCUUCAGAAAAAUCAUCAUCAAUUUCUCCAAAUAUUAACGAUCCUUUAAAUAAAUCUGAUCGUGAUUCAUCAUUACUUUCCGUUGCACCACCCUUACGACCUUGUUUUAACCGUUCCACCACACUUCCAAAUCUUCAUUUACCGUCUGGAAAUAAAGAACCAAAAUUUUUACCUAUUCCGAAAUCAACUUUUUUACUUACCCCUUCCACUUCACCUUGUGCAACGCCUACCGCAAUGUCAACUUCGUUACCAAAUAUGUCAGAAUCACUAAAUAUUAACCCUCCACCUUUAAAUGAAUUGAAAAAAUCUAAAUCAGUGAAUUCAUUGAGUUGUAAUUUAGGUCCUAGAGUUUUAGUGGUUGAAGAUAAUGCAGUCAAUAGAAUGAUUUUAGCUACAUUUUUGAAAAAACGUGGUAUUAGGUUUGAUGAAGCUGAAAAUGGAGCUAUUGGAGUUGAAAAAUUUAAAAAAGCAUUAGAAGAUGAUGAUGGAGAAUUUCCUAAUCGAAAAGGAUUUGAUAUCGUAUUAAUGGACAUACAAAUGCCUGUAAUGAACGGCAAUGUAGCAACAGCAGAAAUACGUAAAAUUGAAGAAGAAUUCAACAAUCCGAAAUUUUCAUUAUUAUCGACAGCAAGAACAACAACAAAUACGACACUCACUAAAUCUCCAGCUGCAUCACCUACAAUUACAAAUUUUGAAUUUCCUCCAUCAUCAUUAUUUAACAAAACUACUUCUUCAUCACCAGUUUCAGAAUCUAAUAAUCAUUUAAAACCAUUUACUCAAAAGAAUAGAUUUUUACAAAGAAGAGUAUCAAAUCCUGAUCAAUUCUCUUUUCAAAACAAUUCAUUUUCAAUCACAAGUUUAUUAUUAAAACCUAAAAUAUCGAUAAAAAUACCUACUAAAUCAACAACAAAAUCCAAAACAUCACCUUUACCAUCCCCAUCACCAAUACCUUCAUCACCAUCAUUUCCUAUUAUUGAAAAUAAUACUAUCAAUACUAUUACUAAACGUUCUCGUUCUUUAAUAUUUGCUUUAACUGGAUUAGCUAGUGAAGAAGAUAAAGAUAUAGCUUUUGAAAGUGGAGUUGAUGGAUUUUUAACUAAACCUGUUAGUUUAAAAAUGUUGGAAAAAGUAUUAAAAAAAUGGUCAGAAAAAAAUGAACAAUCAAGUGAAAAUAGUAGUGUUGGAAGUAGUAAUAGUAGUAGUAAUAGUAGUAGUGGAGGAAGUACAUGAUAAUCAUAACCAAACUAAUUUAUUGUUUUUUCAUUCGUUUUUAUUUUUUUUUUUUUUUAAAAAAAAAAUUAUUAAUUUUUUUUUAUUUAUUUAUUUUUAUUUUCUAGUUGUAGAUAUUUUUUUUUAAAUUUCUUUCCAUUCUUUUUUUGUAUUAAAAAAAAAAAAGUUCAUAUAAACAUUAUAUAUUACUAUAUAAACAUU